GCAGAGGGAGGAAGAGGAGGAGGAGGAGGGGAACAGCUGCCGCAGCAGUGUGCGCGCAGCAUUUUGCAUGAAAAUAGGAAGGAAACCAAAUAGCAAGAGCUUUAAUAAGAGCACUCAGCGCCAUACGAAACUUGCGCGGGGAUGAAGACAUCGGCCGUUCGGACCUCGGGAAUGAAGUGCGCGUUUGCGACUUGACGAGCGGAGGGAUGCACGGAUGCUGGGGGUCUGCAUCCCAGUGACAAAGUUGAGCCAGAGCGGAAAUCAAGUUGAAAGGAAAGAAGACCUCGUUGCGAUUUCAGUGCCUUUGUCCCAUCGGUGAACAGGAAGAAUUGGAUUCACAGGCUUUACGUCCUAAACAGUGCAUCAUUUGGUCCUAAUUGCCAAGUCAGCCCAGAGAGAAUGAGGUGUCGUUGGGUGAAGCAUGAGCUGUCAGAGAAUCAGUCAUAAGCGGCUGUCUCUGCUAUGGACCAGCGCGGCCCUCGGCCUCUGGCUCUGCUGCUGCUGCCGGACCUCACGGGCGGCCGUCACCGCGAGCGCGGCCGCCGGAGCCGCCUGGCCGGCCGGCGGCUCCUUCGGUGGCUCGCUUGCAUGGCUUCUGUCGGAUAAAGGAGCUUUCCUGCAGUCGUUGGAGUUCACGGAGGCUGCAGAGAGGCACCAGCAGGGCUUUAGCACCAGAUACAAGAUCUACAGGGAGUUUGGUCGAUGGAAGGUCAACAGCCUGGCGGUGGAGAAGCGAGACCGUCUCGGUGGCAGUCGCGGUCUGGAUCUGCCCCUCGACCCCGAAUUCGUGCACACCGUCCGCCAGCUGGGAAGGCGGCCGACCCUGCGCACAAUUACCGAGAGUCUAAUCAGAAAAUAUGGCACCCACCUCCUCCUCUCUGCCACACUGGGAGGGGAAGAGUCCUUAACCAUAUUUGUGGACAAAAGGAAGCUGGGUCAGGAAUCUUCGGUGGCGGGGACCGAGGGCAGUAAAAGCAACAACACGACCGGCGCAAUUACGCUGGAGGCGCUCCACCAGCUGGCAGCUUCCUACUUCACCGACCGGGAGAGUACCCUGCGCAGGCUGCACCACCUCCAGAUCGCCUCGACUGCCAUACGGGUAACUGAAACCAGAACUGGGCCACUUGGUUGCAGCAACUAUGACAAUCUGGACACUGUCAGCUCUGUUCUCGUUCACAGUCCGGAGAACAAAGUCCAGCUACAAGGGCUGCAGGUCGUCCUCCCGAGCUACUUGCAGAGCCGCUUCAUUCAGGCGGCUCUCAACUACAUUGGCUGUAAAUCCGAGGGUCAUUUUAUGUGCCAAAACGGCGAAUGCUGGUGUGAGUGUAGCGUGGAAUUUCCACAGUGUAACUGUCCUCACGCUGACCUGGACACUCUGGAAAACAACCUCGUGCGCAUCAGAGACGCCUGGAGGCGGACCAACGACGAGUUUGAGGCAUCCGUGGAAUUCCAAAGCUUCGUCGGAAAGCUGCCAACACAUUACGCCGUCAACACAUCUGUUGUGGAACACUUGUGGAGGACAGAUGCCAGCCUCCUCCAGCGCUACAGGCAACUGGAGACCAGCAGCCAGCAGCUCUUCACCAAAGCUCGCCGCGCCGUCAACAAGCUCUUUAGCCUCAGCAAGAGGUGCCGUAAACAGCCCAAAAUCGUCCUCCAGAGGCCGAGGUCUCUGCACUUCUGGUUGAGCUACACGCUCUCCAUCUUGUACUGCAGUGAGAACAACCAGGCGGGCGUCUACAACGAUGAGAGUCUCAGAUGUUCCUGCCCCUACAGUCAGCCGCCUUGCCAAGGCCUCAUCCCGUGCUCCAUGGGUGACGGAGCUCGCUGUUCAUCUUGCUCCACUGAGAAUCGCACACGAUGCUCCAGCUGCAAUCCCGGCUUCACCCUCAACCAGGGAGCCUGCAGACACGCGGUGCCCGACCCGACCGACCCUUACCUGGGUUUGGAGAGCGACCGAGACUUCCACGAUACGGAGCUUCGCUACUUUCUUCGGCGACGCGACCCGCGCAUCGCUCUGCAUGCAGUGUUUGUAAGCAACGACGUGCGGAUCAACAAUUGGUUCGACCCGUCGUGGAGGAAGCGAAUGCUACUGACCCUGAAGAGCAACCGGGUGAAAUCCAAUCGAGUUCACAUGCUCCUUGGACUGGCCUUGCAGUUUUGCCUCACCAGGAACAGCACGCUUGAGCCGGCUUUUUCGCUCUUUGUGAACCCUUUCGGAGGCAGCCAUUCAGAGAGCUGGACAAUGCCUAUAGGCCAACACGGCUACCCCGACUGGGAGCGGACCAAAUUGGACAUUCCCUUGGACUGCUAUAACUGGACGUUGUCUCUUGGAAACAGAUGGAAGAGCUUUUUUGAGACGGUGCAUUUUUACUUGAGGAGUCGAAUCAAGGAGGGUAUGUCAAUCGGAUCCAAGAACACUUCAGUGGACUAUGAGCCUCUGGAGGCGACAGAGCCACCCAACAACGUAGGUUAUAUGAAAGUGAACAGCAUGCAGCUGUUUGGAUACAGCACGCAUUUUGACCCUGAGGCAAUCCAAGACUUGAUUCUGCAGAUAGACUACCCGUACACUCAGGGAUCACAGGACUCAGCUCUGUUGCAGCUGGUGGAGCUGCGCUACAGGGUAAACCGCCUCUCGCCUCCAGGGGCCCCCCACGUGGAUCUUUUUGCCUGUCUGCUCCGCCACAGACUUAAACUUUCCAGUGCAGACGUGACCAGGAUCCUCACUGCCCUGCAGGCUUUCAGUGCCAGACAACCAAACUACAUGGAGUACGAAGCGACUAAACUAUGUAGCUGAAGGUUCCCCUUUUUGGUUUUAUACUUUCUUGCCGCAUACAGGCUUGCAUCCUCUUUCAGCUGGAUCCAUUUGUUGUCAAGUGAAUGGUACAUUGUUCAAGGCUUUGUUGUACAUACAUAAACUGUGUGCAAAU